UGCUAAAUGAGAAUGUUUGUGUACUUCAUGCAUAUGCUUAUGUAAUUAAGCAUCUAGUUUUUUUCUCUCUGGGAAGUACUUCUGCAAAUCAGCAGUCCAUAUACGAAGUUAAGAUGAUAUCAUCUGUUGUUUAAGAAAACCUUCAUGGUUGUGUCCAGCUGCCGAUAGGUGUUUACUUGAAAUUUAACACUGAAUAGUAGUUUGCUAAUCCAAAAGUAAAUGAGGAACUUAGGAAAAGAUUGCCAACUCCAAAUCAACACAGUUACACAGAAUUGAAAAAGAAGCGUACAGCUUCAUUUAAGGGACUUCUCUCUGAAAUGUUGGAGGAAAAACUGGAGUCAGUGCCAGAUCAAACAAGUUCAGAAGAACAAAUGGAGAACUCGUCAAAAGAACUACGCAUCUUGGAACAGAAAAGAGAAGACUUCUAUGCAGAAUUGCAACUUCAUCAGAAUUCCUCAGAAAACACAGAAUUUUUCAUCCAGGCAGAAGCUGAAGCACUGAAACUUUCAGAUUUGGCAAUAACCAGUCAAAGAAGAGGACCCCCAAAUAUGUGUGAUGAUUGUAAUUCCAGUCCUGGAGAAUUACGCACUGUAGAAGAAAAGGGUAAGAAGAUGCUCCCUGAAGUUAUAUCCUCAUGGAAGGAUGGCACAUAUGCAGGUGGAAAGACAGAAACUGCAUUCCUCCUAAAAGAACUGGACACUCUGAGGGCCAAAAACAAAAAGCUUCAGGAUAAGCUGUCUGAAAAGGACAAGGAGCUGAAGACAAUAAAACUGGACUUAGAACUGCAAGAGAGAGCUACAGAAGCUAAGAUUGCAGAAAAGAUUGCAGCUCUUGUGGAAGAAGUUUAUUCUGCUCAACGAGAACGUGACGAGGCCAUCAUGGCAAGGCUUAGAUUAGCCAAUGAAGAGAGAGAUGAAGCAUUUUUACGAGUCCAGCGGUUAGAAGAAUCUCUGAAAGAGCUAGAAAAUAUUAACCCUGAAGAAAAUGACAUGACAUUACAGGAAUUACUGAACAGAAUAAACAAUGCAGACACAGGGAUAGAUAUACUGAAGAACGGAGCUAUAAUUCUGAAUCGAAUACACAGGACCAAAGAACGUAAAAAGAAAAUAAUUGCUGAGGAAAUGACUGCAGUAAUAGAACAACGGGAUGCUGCUUUGUCUCAAUGCAAACGGCUAGAGCAGGAGCUUCAUCAUCUGAAAGAGCAGAACCAGACUUCAGCAAACAACACGAGACAUCUGACUGCUGAAAACAAUCAAGAACGUGCUCUGAAGGCAGAAUUGAUAGCCUUGCAACGGGAAAAAGAGGUGGCUCUUCAACAGUGCAAAAAAUUAGAAGAAGAAAUCCAGAGAUUGCAAGUAUACUACAGUUCACACAAACCUUUGUCUCAAGGGAUGAGCCCGAAGGACUGGCUUAACCAUGCUUUCAGUACUUCUGAAGGUAGACUGAAAGACAGGGAGGAUGUUGUGACCCUUACCUAUGGCCAGAUUGAAGAACUGGCAGCUCAGCUGCAGCAAGCUCAGUCUGAGCAGAAGGAUACUGAGUUGAAGCUCCAGAAGGCCUUGGAGACUUCAAAGGAGGCCAACGAAAAAGUUCAGAAGUUGGAAAGGCUGGUGGACGUCCUGAGGAAGAAGGUUGGAGCAGGGACCAUUAGGACCGUGAUCUGAUUGAAAGCUCUAGUCUAAGGAAGCAUUCACAUCUGGUGACCAGGCUGCUUCAUUCAGCACUGUGUAAACACUAAAGCCUUAACUUAGCAAACAGUUGUUAGAAGUGGGACACUCCAGCGACAUUCCAAGCUGAGAUAAAAUCAAAUCAUAAAUGUUUAACUACUUUGCUGCUGAGUUCUGUGAUUUGUUGAAAUGUUUCACUGCAAACAUAUAUUUGUUUUUAAGCAGAUGCAUUGUGGCUCUGUGUACGGUGAAAAAUGAUGUAGAUGCUUAUUUUAACAGUCUGUUCUCUCAGUGUUACUAGACUACAGUCUGAUGCAAUGCACAGCUAGGCCAUGUUUUCAAAUACUGCCAGCUUCAGGUGCAAAAUCCUGGAAAGCAGCUUCAAAAUGUAAAUUCCUUACGUUAUUUAUGAAACUGCAAACAGUCCAGAAUUGUAUGUUAAAUACAGUAAUUGAUAAAGUAGGUUCACAUUCAAGAAAUAACUCUAAACACUAUAUUGAAGAUUUUUUUCCUCCUUACUUGUAGCCCAUUGAAUUGUAGCUAGAAACUCUAGCUAUAUCUAAAGGAGGGAUAUACAUAUAGCUUUAUACAGCAAUUGAAUAACUACUGCUAGUACAUGGCAUUUUCAGCAUGCAUUAAAAAGAAAUGUACAGUUAGGUUUCACUGGAGGAACAGCUAGGUAAAUAAUCAUAAAUUGCUCUGUGAAAGCCUUGUGACACUGUGCAGAUUCUCAUCAGUGGGGAAGGUUUCCUGCAUUGUUUUUGGUCAGUCCUCUGUCCUUUCCUAUGAGGGGAAAUCCUUCAGAUGUUCAGAAAUCGCCUUACGGAGUCAAAACUCAUCUCUUCGGUAUAAGGUGAGUGGCUCACUCAUGCCCUACAGGAUUUUUUGCCAGCUUUAUCUUGACCUCUGAUUGCUCUGCAAUGCAGGAGUACCAUCCAGGUUGGGUUUGACGCCAGAAUGCCAACCCUCUGCUUUGCAUACCUUUGAAGUGCCUUGGGAGUGAACUUGAAGGUUUGAUACAAUCCUACAGGGAGGGAGGAGAUAGAGGAGUGGGGAGGAAAAUCUGGGGUACACAGUCAUUGUAGGCCUUACAGAUACACAGGGAGAGUUGGCUCUAGAGGGAGGAGCCAAACAUCUCCAUGUAUUCUGCAUGUCUUUGUCAAAUGAACAAAGGUGAGCGGAGAGGUCAGCUCGGUGCUCAUAGAAACCUGCUCAAGAAGGGCAUUUGUAAUCUCUAAGCAGCCCACAUUCAGUAAUGAAUCUCAGGAGCAUGGUGGGCUUUGAGCUAUGGCCAGGACUAGCCAGCUCAGUCAGGGUGUAUGUAGCUCCUAAGUCUUCUGCUUGGUCACUCUGCUGUGUCCUUAAUGUUGUUGUGCUGUCUUCCCUCUUAAUGUUUGCUUGUACAGAUGUAAUAAUAGGGCAGUCUACCAAGAGAAAAAAAAAAAUGAGGAAGAAAAUGAAAUUUCAGUUUGGGGUUGGGAGAGACAAUUCAAUGCUUGUUUUUCCAUUCAAGCAAUUCUACAUUAAACCAUCAUCAUCUGCAGACCUAAGCUCCUCUUAGUUUCACUCCACCACACCUGGCCCCUUGCAGGGAAAUGAGUAGCAUUCUUUCAAGACAAAUUUACCAAAGUCACUUCUAGAAACUUCUGAAGUGCUCUCUUUAAACUUUUGGAGAACACUGAGAUAGCCAGUGAGGCUAAAGUCUCCCCAUGACACCUACUCAGCAGGAAGAAAGCCUAAUACUUCCAGACCAGAAGACUGUCCACAGCACGAGCCCCUUCAUCCUCUCUGGUGUGCUUCUGUCCAGCAUUUGGACAACUCAAGUGCUGUCCUCUUUGAUCCUUAAAUCACUAAUUGAAAGACAAGAUCUGAGCUGUUGGUGCUGUUGAACCAACUCUGCUUUAGGGAGGUGGUAAGGAAGAAAUGAAAAUAAAAAACAUGAGGACUGCUGUGCUAGGGUAGAACAAAGGUCCAGCUAGCCCACAGACUGUCUUUGGCAAUGACCAGUAGUAGAUGUUUAGGAUAGGGUGUAAAACUGGGACAGCACUAGUGACCUUUCUCCCAGAUGCAAUUUGGCAUUGAGGGAGUUUCUGAGCCAAAAGUGGUGUCUGUAUUUAGCAGCAUUUUUUUCAUCACCUGUUUUUUAAUCCAUUUAAACUUUUAGUAUCUGCUCUUUCCUGUCACACUGACUGAAGAAAUAUUUCAUUUUCUUUGUUAUGAACAAGAUACAGUUAUUUGUUAACACCUUGUUUUUCUGUUAGAGAAACAAUGAACAACCAUUCCCUGACCAUACCUUUUCUUGGUCCCUCACGAGUCAGUAUUUCAUGUCAUUACCCCACCAUCUCUUUUCCAGACAGAAGCUCUAGUCUCUUAUAAAGAAGUUGUCUCAUGUUUUUAAUUGGCUUUGUCAUGCUAAUGUGUUUCUUUUCCAGUUCUUCAGUGUUUUUACUGAGAUAAAACCAGAUUUGUGCAAGGUAUUCAAGCUGUGGACAAACUGUGACUUUAUCAGCUCUCAUGAUUAUGUUUUCUUUUUCAUUCUCCAAGCCAUCUGUAAUCAUUUUUAGCAUUGUGCACACAGCUUUUGCUUUACCUAGUGAGCUGUCUUUACCUCAGCCCGUGAGUUCUCGCACUUCUACCUUUCUGAUUCUCUCCCCCAUCCCAUCUGGGGAGAGUGAGCAAGCAGCUGUGUCAUGCUGAGCUGCCUUCUGGGUUAAACCACAACAAUUUGACUUAUGACAGCUUGUGUCUUAUGAAUUAGUACUUUUAUAAUAAAAGUAAUUACUUUAGAUCUUCAUUUAUAAUAUUCAGCUCAGAGUUCAUCAUAGGUUGUACAAAGUCUGAACCAUUCUCUGAACACACAACUUCGCAUGAUGGGUAUCCAUGGCACCUGAUAUUUUAAUGUGCGUUCCCUGAUUGAUUUUCACUAUUUCCAUAUCUUCUCACAGCUCAUCUUUACUACUACAGUAGCAGAGUACAAUCACAAAUAUAACUGUUUCCAAAUUACCCUCUUUUUCAAGGUGAUUUCUUAGGUUGAACAGCAUGGGGUCUGGAAAAGAUCCGUGGAGAACUGCAAAGUAGCUUCCCUUUACUGUGAAAAUUAUAUAUUUAUUCUUAACUGUUGUUUUGAUCUAACUUUUAACUACAUAUUUUCCCAUAUAAAGAUCUUUCCUCAUACUCAUUUGUCAGCUUUGAUGAGGAAGCUUGUUUGCUAUUUUGGAAAUGCAAGUAUACUUAAUCAGGGCUUGCUUUCCAUGCAUGAAUAUGCUAAGUUCCUCCUCCCGCGGGUGUGUCAGAAUUCCUCACCUUCCCCCAAGUCCUUCCUCCUCUGAGCAAAUUGUCUUGUGAGUGCAGGCUCCAUACAGCAAGGCUGUUUGACCUCCCUCCUCUUGUGUCAGCUGGCUUUGUUUAGGAAAGUAGCAUCAGCCAGGCUAAAGCAGUCUAAUACGUGUACAUAAUACCUGAUUCUUUACAUUUAGAAGAUAAUUUUGUUUCAGAUUUUUCUGUUUAAAAUAUUGUACCUACGGUGAAAAAAUGCUUCCUGACCCUGUCUUACGUCUUGUACCAGGUAGCCUGAAAUUUAAUGACCUUUUAGUAAGUUUUUUUUUUUUAAAUCAUCCUGUAGAUAAAGGAUGUUGAAUCAUAAUUAAAAUAGGUAUUGAUUUUUAAAAUUAAUCUAGAAAAGUUUGUCUUGUUUGGAAAGGACCUUUGGAAAUUCACUGUGCUGAGAGGUGAAAAUUCAGAAACAGUUGGGCACUACCUCCUCCUUACUAACAACCUGGUGUGUGGUCUUCAGCAAAUCCCUUAGUGACAGUUGUAAAAGGUAUGCAAGCCCUCAAGAGGUACAUAGGCACCUUGGGGGAGCUUUCAAACACAUCUGUGCUGUUAAUGUCAAAACACUUUCGCUUCUUUGCCCACAGGAGUGAACGAUGAAGGAAGGUCACACAGCCCCAGUAACAGAGGCCCAGCCUUUAGUGCCUUCGGGUGAAUUUCUGGCCCUGAUGAACUCAGUCUGAGUUCUUCCUUUCAGUAUAAUGAGGGCAGGAACUCUGAUCUGGCAUGUAGAAAUAGGCAAUAAUGAUAACAUGGGUUAAUUGGCUUUUAUCUUACAGUUUAUUCAUUGAGAAGUGAUUGAUGUCUGCGCAGUGCUCUGAAGGUGAAGAAAAUGCCUGCCCCAUAUAGCAGACAUGCAAUAGUCACUCCUGUCCUAAUUUACAAGAGAAGGAUAAGAUUGCAUCAGAUUAACUAACAGGAGUAGCAAUUCAUUUGCCUCCCGAUGGAACAGCAGAGUUCAUGAUGAAAUGUGGUUCACCAUAGGCAAUGCUUAUGGUGGCGGUUGUAAUUACUGGUCAAAUUAGUGUCUUUGCUGUCUUGAGCACUGAGAUGUUCAGAAACAUCCAUCCCUUGUGAGAUUUUGUGUGUUUCUCUUGAUGAUCCUGCAGAACACUUGCAUUGGGAGCCAUUUCUGUUAUAUGCCAGGGUAAAAUAUGUAAAUAGCAUCAUGUUGGCUCGGGAUAAGAGCGUUAUUAAUGCUUUUCAGCACUGUAAUUAUAUUCAUAGUAAGCCUUCCCUAAGCCCACACUAAUUAACAAUAUUGUGACAAAUCAACUUUAACAGAAAAGAACUGUGGACCUUUAGUCAUUUAGUACUGUUUUUCAUUCAGCCCACAAUCCAAAACUGGUAGCAUGGUUUUCUAUACUAGUGUUGGGAAAACUACUGAUAUUUGAAAAGUUCAGAGCCAGCUCAGUCUUGUUAGCAGAAUCCUGUAGAUGAAGUCAGUUUGAUUCCUCUUUAAAUAUAUUCACAAGAAAGAUUCAUUAGUUAAUCAUUAAUGUAGGGGAAUAUUAAAACAGCUUUUAUAAAUAAGCCGUCAUAUUGAAAUAGUUUAGUAAUGUCAAUAUGUUGUCACUUGCACAUGUAUUUAUCUAUUUAUUCCAAAUCACAGAACACUUUACAAAUAUUCACCUUAAUUUUCAAAUUAAAUGGCUUUAUAAAUAUUCUUAUCAGGUGAUCAAGAGUUGUAACGUCCUUAAUCCAUAUACACAAAUGAACUUGCUAUUUAAAUGUCAGGAUUUCUCUGCGCCUUUAUUUUAUUCAUUUAGAAUAAUUCCAGAUGAAGGCUGAUAGGGUUAUUUUAUCUUCUUUUUAAUUUGUACCCCAAAGAUUUUUCUCACAUAUAGGAAUUAAAUGUGAGGCACAUUUAAAUCUCUGACUGGCAGUUUCUCUGAUUCAAGUCUUGCUGUGAUCUCAGCAUUACAUAUACUGACUCCUAUCAUAGUAAAAUUUCACAUCAGGUCUGCAGAGAUGGACUUUCUCUGUUUGUUCUUCUCAUGCAUUCAUAAAUAAAAUGCAUUCAUGAGUCCAAAAACAAAGUGGUGUUCUCAUAUUAGGUUGAUUAUAAGUCAGCUGUUGAGCUUCAGUGGUCUAAACAUUUCAUUCUUCAGUUUUGUUGGGAGCACACGUGUUCUGGGAGGCUUUUAAACAAAUACUUGAAAUGGUUGAAAGAUUUACAUUGCCAGUGCCUAGCUAAAUAUGUAGUCUUAAGAAAAGACAUGGUUUAUUUUGGCACCAUUUAAAAAACUCAAAUAUUUUAAACAUUUGUUAAGUUCGAGCUUGCACAUUUGAACGAAAAGUUUGCAUUCCAAAAUUGCAUCUCAGGUUACCUGUCUCUCUCUUUUGUAUUUUAUAAUCCCUUUAUUAAAAUAGUCUUUGCAAAAGAA